UUUUUUCGCCAUUCCUACUUCACAUCUGCCAAAAUAAUAUACACGUGUUUUGUUGCUGGUACAUUUAAUUUUUUGGAGAACAUAUCGCGCCUAGAAAUUAGUUGGCAAAAUGUCUAUGCGAGAAAAAUUGCUAAUGAAAAAGAUAAAAAAACGUGAAAAAAUGAAGAAAGUGCUAGCGGAGAAGAAGAAGGGAAAGCAGCACCAACUUGGUCCUGUAAAUAAAGUGGAGGAUGAGGUAGAUGGGGACUUCAGCGAAGCUCCUGGACCCUUGGCCAAGAAAGCAAAAGUGUCGAAGAAAAAACAACAACGUCAAAUCGCAGUAGUGAAUUCAGAUUCCGAUAGUGAGGAUGAUCGAAAGCCAGAUUCAGAUGAUGGCAGUGAAUUCUCCGAUGAUGAAGACGUGGAACCUGGUUACGAAGAAAAUGAUAAAAAGCCGUUGAAGAAUAAUCAAAAUGGAAAAACUACGACGAAAAAAUCAGAGGUACAAUCAACCAGUCGAGAAGGCACAACUGCAGAAGAAGCUCUUGUCAAUCGCGAUCCGAAUGAUCGGUCGUUUGGUUCUCUUAAAGGAAUCGUGUCAGAUCCUACUCUAAAAGCCAUUGAAGAGAUGGGAUUUACAGAGAUGACGGAAAUACAAGCUAAAUCUCUACCUCCAUUGCUUGAGGGACGUGAUUUAGUUGGUGCUGCCAAGACUGGUUCAGGCAAAACGUUGGCUUUUCUGAUACCAGCGAUAGAGUUAAUAUACAAAUUACGGUUUAUGCCACGAAAUGGCACCGGUGUUAUCAUUAUAUCACCAACACGAGAAUUGUCGAUGCAAACUUUUGGAGUACUAAAAGAGUUGAUGGCACAUCAUCAUCACACUUACGGUUUAGUGAUGGGCGGCUCCAAUCGUCAGGUAGAGAGUGAAAAACUUGGUAAAGGCAUUAAUAUUUUAGUGGCUACUCCUGGCCGCUUGUUGGACCACUUGCAAAAUUCACCAGAUUUCCUAUACAAAAAUUUGCAAUGUUUGAUUCUCGAUGAAGUGGAUCGUAUACUGGAAAUUGGUUUUGAGGAAGAAUUGAAGCAGAUUGUUAACUUACUUCCAAAACGGCGGCAAACAAUGUUAUUUUCGGCUACUCAGACGGAAAAGAUCGAUGCCCUUUCCAGAUUGGCACUCAAAAAGGAGCCAAUCUAUGUAGGAGUCGAUGAUCAUGAGGAAGUAGCUACGGUUAGUGGAUUGGAACAAGGUUACAUCGUGUGUCCUUCGGCAAAACGUUUAUUGGUUCUAUUUACCUUCUUAAAAAAGAAUCGAAAGAAGAAAGUGAUGGUAUUCUUUUCAUCUUGUAUGUCUGUAAAAUACCAUCACGAACUGUUCAAUUACAUAGAUCUGCCUGUAACGUCUAUACAUGGCAAGCAAAAGCAAACAAAACGUACAACAACAUUCUUUCAGUUUUGCAAUGCAUCUGAGGGUAUACUGCUAUGCACAGAUGUGGCUGCGCGUGGACUUGACAUACCUCAAGUGGACUGGAUUGUACAGUACGAUCCCCCAGAUGACCCAAAGGAGUAUAUUCAUCGUGUUGGUCGUACUGCUCGUGGUAGCGGCAGUUCGGGCCAUGCGCUGCUUUUGCUACGUCCCGAAGAACUCGGGUUUCUACGCUAUCUAAAAGCAGCCAAAGUUCCACUUAAUGAGUUUGAAUUUUCUUGGGCGAAAAUUGCGGAUAUUCAGCUACAGCUGGAAAAACUCAUUUCGAAAAAUUAUUUCCUCAAUCAAUCGGCCAAGGAAGCCUUUAAGGCCUAUGUACGUGCAUAUGAUUCCCACCAAUUGAAAACAAUAUUCGAAAUCAAUACGCUGGAUUUGCAAGCAGUAGCGAAAAGUUUCGGUUUCUUAGUGCCACCAGUAGUUGAUCUUAAGGUAGGUGCUAAGCGCAAUCGCCCAGAAAAACGUGUUGGUGGCGGCGGAUUCGGUUACUACAAGCAAAUGAAUGAAGAAAAUCCGAAACAGCGCAUGUUCAAACAGAUUAACCGUGAUCAAUUGAAAAAAAAUAAGAAUUAUAUGCGAUAAAUUUUUUACUGCUUACGGAGUUAUUAGCUAGUUUAAUUGAAAUGUUUAAAUUCAUUUCUCACCAGGAAAAUUUUAUGUAAAAAAUACAUAUACUUUUAACAUAGUACCAAAAAACGGAAGUUUUUAGAAGUGAGGAUUUACUGAGGGUUUAAUUAUGAGAACGAUUUACUCACAUGGUAUUAGCGAAAAUCCCGUAGAUUUUUGGCAAAUUAUUUUGCUGGCAGUGAGUGGCUUCAAUACACAUAAAUGAAAAUUGUCGAACAUACUUUGUAUGGAUAAAAUUGGAAACCUUAAACGAAAAAAAAUUAACGGGAUUUUUUACAAUCUUGAAACUUGUAC